AUGAGCCUUUCUAGAAUGAUGCGAGCGCCCCUGGCGGCGGCGCGGGUGGCCUCUCGGCCUUUCCUGCGGGAGGCGCGACGCAGCUUCCUCAGCGCGGCUUCCGUUCGCCUGGCCGUGCAGGGCGACGUGAUCGGUAUCGACCUGGGCACGACCAAUUCUUGCGUGGCGGUCAUGGAGGGCUCGACGCCCAAGGUGAUCGAGAAUGCUGAGGGCAUGAGAACGACGCCAUCCUUUGUCGGCUUCACGGAAAGCACGGAUAUCAUCUGCGACACAUACCGGGAGAUGCUGCCAUAUCACCACAUCAAAGGACCAAGUCUCCAUGGCGUCUGCUUUGCAGGGACGAUCUCCGACUCGACCUGUUCCUACGAUAGCGUUCUUGAGUUGCAGCAGCUUCGUGCAGUCUAA